UGUCGUGCUUCGUUGUUGCCUGGUCACGUGAAGCGUGUGUGAGUAUAAACAUAAGGCGCGUCGCGUCGGAUCGGCCUUUGCACCUCUUUCUCUCUCCAACCUCCACCACCCCUUUCUACUCCGCUUGUAUAUACGCUCAUGGCCCCCAAGCCUGCCUCCACUGCCGGCAAAGCACCCGCCUCCACUGCCGGCAAGGCACCCGCCAAGUCUGAGGGCUCGAAGGCCGCUAAGAAAACGGCGACUAAAAAGUCUUCCGCAGCCCCCGCUGACGGCGAGAAGAAGAAACGCAAGAAGGUUCGCAAGGAGACAUACUCGUCCUACAUCUACAAAGUCCUGCGCCAAGUCCAUCCGGACACGGGUAUCUCCAACAAGGCCAUGUCUAUCUUGAACUCGUUCGUCAACGACAUCUUUGAGCGGAUUGCGUCGGAGGCCUCGAAGCUCGCUCAGUACUCGAAGAAGUCUACCAUCUCGUCGCGGGAGAUUCAGACUAGCGUGCGCCUUAUCCUGCCUGGAGAGCUGGCGAAACACGCCAUCAGCGAGGGGACGAAGUCUGUCACCAAGUUCUCUUCAGCCAGUACUACAAAGUAGUCACGCGACGCAUGGAAUGUCUGUAUCCUUAUUAUUGUUUCUAUCUACAUCAGCUUGUGC